CAUGGACUUAAAAGCACUUUCUUAUCUAGCAGUUUGAACAGGCGCUAGGCACUUCACCGUUCAACUAUGGACAGAGUCUUAGCUCUGAACUUUAUUCGUUGUGUGGUGAUCUUGAACGUUAGUUAACUUAUUUGUAAAAAUGGGGUAAUUCCUUGUACUACCUACCUCACAGGGCUGUUGUGAGGAAACGCUUUAAAGAGCUAAGGAACGGAGAGUUAGUGCUUUAUGAGUUUCAUCUUCUGCCCAUUAAGUGUCAGCCUGUCGUGUUUUGGAAUUGUCAGGGCUCCUGGGACAGGGUCUAGCCGGUGCUCUCAGACCUCCUUGGAGCUCCCCAAAGCAGCCAUGGUGAAAGGGGAAGGCUCUGGGGAAAGCGUGAAGUAGCACGUAUAGCAUCUCCUCCAGCCUAACGUCUACGCUGUGUAUUUUGGAACCGAUGGAGUCGAGACUACGGCUCCCAGCCUCCCAAGAAACGCAGCCCGGAUUCUAGGCAAGCACGCAGGCUCCUGCUGCGCUCAGUCUCCUGGGAACUGUAGUUCCAAAGAGCCAUUCCUUCCUAACGAGGCGGAGCGGAGAGCUCCUGGGCGGUUCUUCCUGGGUAACGUAGUCCGGCGCAGCGUGCAGCGGCUAGCCAAUGGCCCGGGCUCUCCCAGACCUCCGGGCUCUCCCAGACCUCCGGGCCCGAGGGUGCUGCGGCUUCUCCCGGGCUCCACAGGCAGCUUCCCGACGUGGCAGUCUAGACUGCUGAGCUCAGGUUGCGGCCGCAUUCUUCCCCGGGGAUCUCAGGGUUUCUCUCUCACGCCCCAACACAGGCAACACGCUCCGGGGUCGGGGUCCGGCUGCAGUGUCUUGUUACUUACCAGAGGCCCCGCCUCCAAGUCAGAUGGCCCCGCCCCGAGUCCCGGUGGCCCCGCCUCCUAGAUUCUCCCAGGUUCCCUCGUGGGAACCCCGAACAGCUGGCAGGAAGCGCCAAACUGCUGUCCUGGUUCAAGCCCCCGGGGAUCAAUCAGGCCGAGGAGUUAAUUAUGUAAUUAGGGAGUAGGGGGCCAGAGCUAAUGAAGCCCAGCCGACGGGCUGGCUGGAGGGGACUGGGAGAGGGGGAGGGAGGUGGACUGACUUGUUGGACAGAUGGGAUUGGGGAGGGGGGAGCCCAGGCAUUCCCAUCUGGGCCCCAUGGGCCGUCCCCCUCCUCCCCACACCGACUUUUCUCCCCUUUCCUACAUCCUGCACCCCCAGCCCUGAAGGCCCCCGGGGGAGGAGGAGCUGUGAUCAGGGGCCAAAGGGGCUGAGCCCAGGGCUAUAAAGGGGGCAUCACCUGGGCGGGCGGCUCAAAGCUGAGCAGACAGGACAAGACAAGCCAGGAGGGGCUUGAGAUCUGCCCCAUGUAUCAUCCCCGAGAGCUCUAUGCCCCCUUGGGGGCCAGCUACAGACUUCGGCCUCCCCAGCCUGGGGGGGACCUUGGUUUUCCAGCAGGGCUGUCAGAGGGGUACCGUUACUCAGACCUUGACACCCCUAAAUUAGAUUGCUUUCUCUCAGGGCUGGAGGCUGCUCCCCGGCCUCUGGCUGCCCCGCCACCCUUGCCUCCAUUGCCUCCUCCUUUGGGAGGAGAGUCGACUGCCCCUGCCUCUGCUUCUGAGGCCUCCCGCCUGUUACCAGGGGUCAGCCUAAGCCUGGAGAACCAUGAUUUGUGGAAAGAAUUCAGCUCUGUGGGAACAGAAAUGAUCAUCACCAAAGCUGGGAGACGAAUGUUCCCGGCCUGCCGAGUGACAGUGACCGGUCUGGACCCCGAAGCCCGCUACCUGUUCCUCCUGGACGUGGUGCCCGUGGAUGGGGCCCGGUACCGAUGGCAAGGCCGCCGCUGGGAGCCAAGUGGCAAGGCAGAGCCACGGCUGCCAGACCGCGUCUACAUCCACCCGGACUCCCCCGCUACUGGGGCCCACUGGAUGCGGCAGCCGGUGUCCUUCCAUCGCGUCAAGCUCACCAACAAUACCUUGGAUCCACAUGGCCAUCUGAUCCUUCACUCGAUGCACAAGUACCAGCCACGGCUGCACCUGGUUCGGGCUGCCCAGCUCUGCAGCCGCCACUGGGGCGGCGUGGCCUCCUUCCGGUUCCCGGAGACGGCGUUCAUCUCCGUCACGGCCUACCAGAAUCCUCGGAUCACACAACUGAAGAUUGCAGCUAAUCCCUUUGCUAAGGGGUUCCGGGAGAACGGGAGGAACUGUAAGAGGGAACGGGAUGCCAGGGUUAAGAGGAAGCUGAGGGGACCAGAGCCUGUCAUUAUGGAGCCUUAUGGUGGAGAUGGCCCUGGAGGUCCCUGCGACUCCACAUUGGCUGGAGACCUUCCAGAACAAGCCUCUUCUUCGGCUGAGGUUCCCACACCUCCUUGUGGGGGGCCCAGUGCUGAGGCCUACCUUCUGCACCCGGCUGCCUUCCAUGGGGCUCCCAGCAGCCUCCCCACCAGGGCCUCUUCUUUCUCGGAGGCUGCAGAUCCAUUGUCUCGUCCUUCAUCUUACCAGGCACCCUUCCUAGAGCUGUCUCCAGGGAAUGGGGGUUCUGGUCCUGGAUAUCCGCCAGCCCCUCCAGCACCAGCCUUUGCUCCUCAUUUCCUCCAAGGGGGGCCCUUCCCUCUCCCCUACGCAGCCCCUGGGGGCUACCUGGAUGUUAGCAGCAAGCCCCUCUAUUAAAUUAGCGGCAUCUACCACCAACCUCUUCUUGGAGCCUGGGUGACUUUUGGGGCCAUCUCCUUCCCGCACCAAAUGGCUGCUUUUGCCUCCUUCAUCUCAGCCAAGCCUCCCCCCCUCAGUUCACACUUCAGCUUUAGCUCACACCCCCCUCCUGCUUCAAAGCCUGUGGAGGUAGGCUGGGGGGGAGACCAGCUGCUCCAGCUUCCCCUUCCUGGGCUCUCACCUGGGUGUGAAUGGAGGGUGGGGGCUGGGCCAGCAGGAGACCGGCCCUCACCAAAAGGACAGGUCAGGGGCCAUCACCAGGAACUUUCAAGGGCAGCCCAGCUAAGGGAGUUCCAAGGCCUCUAGGCCCUCCACCCCAGGCUCUUUACCCUUACCACACCGCUGGCUGACCAAUUUACAUUUACAUACCUUACCUCCAUGUGGGGAAAGUCUCCCAGGGAUGUAGAGCAGACUGUCUUCACCCCCACCGCCAAAUGUACAGUAAUUACUAUUCUUGCCAAACACCUUUGGGCUCCAGGCUUUUUUAUUUCCUCUAAAAUAAAACUUUUGAGUCAUCGUG